AGUCUCUGCCUUAAUCAGUUAGAGGAAAGUAGAGCUUAUAUUGAAUGGUAUUGUUAGAUAUGCUGCUUUUGCAAAUUACUCAUGAAAGCAUGUUUUAAAUGACACACAACUGAAGUAUUAGUGUUUAUGCAAAGAUGAGGAUCAGACAGGGCUUGUACUUCCUGUUGAUUCUGAAUGUGGCACUUUUCAAUGCCUGGUUGUGGAAUAGUCCGGCUGUGACAGACGCCCUAGAAGUGAUUGAAGAAUAUUCUGGCAGGGACGAAACCAGUAAGGACAACAACAUUUCUGCCAGCAACAUCCAGGAUUUUGUUGAGAACUGGGACCAGAACCAAGCUGUGAAUUGGAAUAAAGCUGGCACAGCGAGGACACCUGGCAUCUCUGAGAAGCUUGGUCAUUUCAAAACGGAAGAAAAUGGAAUCUCCCUGCUACAACUUUUUGAAAACCUACCUGAAGAGAUCACCCAGGUGCCCGGACCAAAUGGUGAAACUGGAUACCUUUUUAAUAAGGAAACCAACAUGGAACAGAUGGCACGUGCCCACCUACCCAGAACCUUUUACAGAGACUUCUCCCUGGUCUUCCAUUUAAAGCCUACCUCCAAAGAUGCUGGAGUGAUUUUUUCCAUAACCGAUGCAAAUCAACUAAUCAUGUAUGUAGGGGUCAAGCUCUCAGCUGUGGAGAACGGAGAAAGGAAAGUUAUUUUUUAUUACACAGAGCCUGAUUCAGAUGUAUCUCGAGAGGUGGCCAGAUUUGAGGUGCCACAUCAGCCUGAUAAGUGGAGCCGUUUCUCUCUGGCUGUUAACAUGGAUCAAUUGUCUUUCUAUGGGGACUGCGAAUCUAAUGCCAAGGUGAUCAAGUUUAAACGCUUACCUGAUGAUGUGGAGCUCGAGGCAAACUCUAAGAUCUUUGUGGGACAGGGUGGAGGUGCUGACCCUGACAAAUUUCAGGGUGUAAUCUCAGAGUUAAAGGUGUUUGGAAAUCCAUGGGCUGCUGAGUAUCAUUGUGAUGAACCUGCUGCUGCCUUUGAUGGUUCCGGGGACAAUGGAAGUGGAAUAGAGGACAUAACUCAGACAGAGCACAGUCUAGGCUCAGUUUUUCAGCCCCUGCCUCCACCUCCUGUUUCUACGACAAAAAGUAAGCCUAAGACGGACAUAGAUGCUCCUCAGAAAGAGACAGGAGUAUCUACUGGUAAAAAAAAGAAUGGUGAAAAUGGGGACAAAGGAGACCAGGGCUAUACUGGGCUAAAGGGUGACUUGGCUGGUGAUACUUUAUCUUCACUCUCUAGCGUAGGUGGAACCUGUGGAAAGGAGGUGCAGUUUCUGCUCUUUAAUUGUUUCAGAAUCAAAUAUGGAACAAAAAAGUUCACAGGUGGUGAUCCAGGCUGGGUGGGACUGGGAGGGGAAGGAGUCUUAGGUUCAGGGGUAGUAGGUAAGGGCCGAGGGCGAGGAGUACGGGCGGGCUUUGUGGGGGAGGCAGAUUUGGUAGAGGACCAGGCAGACAAACAUGACGACAGAGUAUCUACUGGUAAAAAAAAGAAUGGUGAAAAUGGGGACAAAGGAGACCAGGGCUAUACUGGGCUAAAGGGUGACUUGGCUGGUGAUACUUUAUCUUCACUCUCUAGCGUAGGUGGAACCUGUGGAAAGGAGGUGCAGUUUCUGCUCUUUAAUUGUUUCAGAAUCAAAUAUGGAACAAAAAAGUUCACAGGUGGUGAUCCAGGCUGGGUGGGACUGGGAGGGGAAGGAGUCUUAGGUUCAGGGGUAGUAGGUAAGGGCCGAGGGCGAGGAGUACGGGCGGGCUUUGUGGGGGAGGCAGAUUUGGUAGAGGACCAGGCAGACAAACAUGACGACAGAGUAUCUACUGGUAAAAAAAAGAAUGGUGAAAAUGGGGACAAAGGAGACCAGGGCUAUACUGGGCUAAAGGGUGACUUGGCUGGUGAUACUUUAUCUUCACUCUCUAGCGUAGGUGGAACCUGUGGAAAGGAGGGUAGUCAAGGAGAGAAAGGAAUGAAGGAAAGUACUGGGUCUGAAUAUCUUGGCCCCAAAGGUGAUCGUGGGCCCCCAGGACCACCUGGACCGCCAGGUCCUCAGGGGCCAGUAAUAGAAUUGAUAAACACUGGGGACAAAAUAGUAGAGAAGGUGCAGGGUCAAAUGGGCCCACCUGGACCACCAGGACCAGAGGGUCCACCUGGUCCACAGGGCCCUGAAGGACGUUGUGGUCCUCAAGGAAUAUCUGGUGGUAGAGGCCCUAAAGGACAGAAGGGAGAGAAAGGUGAAGGACAACCAGGCCCUCGAGGUCCACCUGGGCACCCUGGACCCUCAAUCUCAGACAGGACUACCUUUGUGGACAUGGAGGGUUCUGGAUACCUGCCGGGUCUUCGUGGUCCUCCUGGUCCACCUGGGCCUCCAGGGCCCCCAGGACCUGGUGAAGAAUCAGGAUUUAAUGGAGCUGGUCCUACUGGUCCCCCUGGACUAAAUAGGCACCCUGGACGCCCUGGGCCUCCAGGUCGACCUGGAAAUCCUGGUGCUCCUGGGCCCCCAGGCCAGAAGGGUUCACAGGGUUCUGCAGGAAUCUUGGGAAAGGAAGGGCUGCCUGGGCUUCCUGGGCCUAUGGGACCUCAGGGACCUCCAGGACCUCCUGGACCAGCCUUCCGAAUUACUGCUGAUGGAAAAGAAGAAAUUGCUCUUAAUUACAUUCCAGGGGUUAUGGGUCCACCAGGUCCACAGGGACCUCAGGGCAUACCUGGACUACCAGGCAAAGCUGGUAUCCCAGGUAUCCCAGGUCAGAAAGGUGAUGAAGGGCUAAGAGGACAAGAUGGAUUCCCAGGGUUAGAUGGUUUCUCUGGAGCAAUAGGGCUAAAGGGGGAAAGAGGAUGGAAAGGUAACAAAGGUGAGCCUGGUCAUUUCGGAGGACCUCCUGGACCUCCCGGGCCACCAGGUCCUCCAUGUCAAAUUGUCUGUACUAAUUCCAGUAGUCCACCUGGUAUAGCUGGUCAAGCAGGAUUCCCUGGACCAAUGGGACCAAAAGGAAUACGAGGGGCACCUGGACCACCAGGAAACUCUGUCAAGGGAGAGAAGGGUGAGCCCGGACUGAAUUAUGACUCCACCGAUAUCCCCAUUCAUACUUGUGGACUACCUGGACAGCCGGGUGAUCCGGGAGCUCCAGGACCAGAAGGACAAAUAGGACCAGUUGGGCCACCUGGACCUAAAGGUGAAAUAGGAAUCCCAGGUAGACCUGGUCGACCCGGACUGAAUGGCAAAAAAGGGGUGAAAGGCGAUUCAGGUGUCGAAAGAUAUGGAUAUGGCAACCCGGGACCUCCUGGGCCUCCCGGGCCCCCUGGACCUCCAGGCUCUGUGGACAGAUAUAAUAAUGAGAUGAAAGGGGAGGUGGGACCUAAAGGAGAGAAGGGAGAACCAGGUGGAGGUUUUCACAAUCAUUAUGGUGGAGUACAGGGUCCACCAGGAAGGCCUGGACUGCCUGGUCCAAAAGGAGAAUCUAUUACUGGACCUCCAGGCCCCCCUGGACCCCAAGGAAUAGGUUAUGAUGGUCGCCCAGGUAGUCCUGGCCCACCGGGUCCACCUGGACCACCAGGUUCAUCCCUGCCAGGUGCAUACAGACCCUCACAAACAAUCAAUAUCCCUGGGCCUCCCGGUCCCCCCGGACCACCUGGACCAUUAUCUGGGUUAUUUUCUCAGGUUUUAGUUUUGACGACUUUCGACAUGAUGGCUGCCACCACUCGCCAGCAUCUAGAAGGCACACUGAUCUAUGUGAAAGAGAACAGAGACCUUUAUAUGAGAGUAGAUGAUGGCGUCAGACAAAUCAUGCUAGGAGAAUAUAGUCCUUUUCCCAAGGUUCUGGAUAACUCUGUGGCUUCAGUCAAGACUCCUUUGGUUGUUCAUUACACUCAUGAUUACCCCACAAUCUCUCCACCACAAGCCCCUCCUCCACCUGAAGCCAAGUACCCUGUGUUGCCCAAUCCCAGAUACCAUGGACUGACAGAUCCAGCUGAUCCCAGACACUAUGAUCCACAAUACUCUUCUUCAGCUGACCCAAUUCAUCAGGGCUAUCCUGAUCCGAGGCACCACCCUCACAGCAGCCACCCACAUCACUCUGGCCAUCCUGACAGCAGCUAUCAUAGUAUUAGUAUUCUCCACCGUAGGCCUUUCAUUAAAGAGACUCAGCUUCCAGCCCACACACACACAUCCGGCCCUGGGCUGCACCUAAUUGCCCUCAACUCACCUCAUGUGGGUGACAUGCAGGGUAUAAAAGGUGUUGACCACCAGUGCUUUUUAGAAGCCCAAGCCAUUGGGGUCAAAGGAACUUUCAGGGCAUUCCUGUCAUCACGGUUACAGGAUCUGUACAGUAUUGUUCAAAAGAAUGACAGGGAUCAGCUUCCUAUAGUAAAUCUUAAAGAUGAAGUAUUAUUCAGUGAUUGGGAGUCUAUCUUUAGUGACUCGGAGGGCAGAAUGACCGAUAACACACACAUCUAUUCAUUUGACGGUCGAGAUGUUCUCAAAGACAAUGCCUGGCCAGAAAAGAUGGUAUGGCAUGGAUCAAGCACUCGUGGGCACAGGCAGACGGACAGUUACUGUGAGACAUGGAGAACCAAUAGUUAUGCUGCCACUGGCUUAGCUUCUUCUCUCCAAGAUGGCUACCUGCUUCAGCAGUUACCGCGCAGCUGCAGCAGCUCUUUUGUUGUACUGUGCAUUGAGAACAGAUACAUUGCUAAGUAAAACACAUUUUAUGCCAAACCAAAAUUUGCCUGAAGACAUCAAAAAUCUUUAACUUGAUAAGUCUUGUGAUUUGAGAUAAUAUACAGUGCUUUUAGCAAAAUUGUUUUGCAGUAGAUCAGUCAACUACAGAGUAUAUGCAGAGUCAUAGUUUUUUUUUUUACUGAAUUUAGGUCCUGACUCUGGCCUGGCACUCAAGAACUUUUCUGUUCUUAAGCUACUACAAUAUCAAUUUUUUGACAGUAUGUUCGGUUUUCUUCAUAUGUAGCCCAUGGAGUUGGUCUAGAAAGUUACUUUCUUACAAUGACAAUUUAACACACAUUCUAUGAUUUUUAUGGUGCUAAUUGACUGCCUGGCCUUUUUUAAACUAUUUACUCAAAUUGGUAAAAAUCACAUUUUUGUUUUGAUUUACUGAUUUUCUAAACAUAACCAGGAUACACUUUUAAGAGUUUGGAUCCAAUAUAUAGUAUGUUGCUGGUAUAUGGAGUAUAACUAUUAUGAAUUUUUUGCAUAUAUAGUAAUCAACCAAAUUUAAUAUCUUAUAUAUAUAAUCUUACCUGCUUUAUUCUACAAUCAUAAAUUCAAUAAACAUAAACUCUACAAAUCUGAGAUUUCUCACUGCAUUUUAAAUAUAUUAUUAAACAAAAUGACAUGUAAAA